CUUGUUUUAGGCAUUUCUCAGUUGAUCACGAGCCUAGAAGUUGUUUGUUUUUAGCAGAGCCUUUCCAACUUACUUACUUAUUAGGGGGUAAUGCCCCCCCCAGUGCUGUUGACAAUAUUUUAUCUUUUGUUUUGAAAAACCUAUUUCCCUAAUAUAAUAUGCGAGACUGGAAACAAGUCCUAUAAAUUGGAUCCUUGUACUUAGCCUCGAAGUGAAUCAAGCCCGGGCGUUUAUCCCGGUACAUGUAAGGACUAUUUAGAGUCAGCAUCGCUAUAAGUUAUUCAUGGACCGUCAACAUUCUGUCUUACAUCCUUAUCCGAACUAACCUGAGACAGCUACUGGAAAUCGAGUGGAAGAAGCUAAGAAAAUGCUGUGGUUUGGGAAUUUCGCAUCGCUUCUUUGGCUACUCCCAACGAUAGUGCAGUGCCACCACAUGCUUGAUGUUUCCAUGUUUUACGAUUACUGCAUCAUCCGGCUGCACGAUGACAAGUGCUGUAAAGAGGUAUUUUACUACAACAUGAAGUUUCGCAGAGCCUGUAGCAUGAGCAAUGGAUACCAAGAUACAGUCUGCCAUUUAGAAGGGACCAAUACGCAGGUUGGGGGCUGUAUGAUGAACAAUAUGCCAGAUGCAGGAUUUGCCCAUCCUCUCGGUAUGCAGAGUGGCAGAAUUCGAGCCAGCCAACUGAGUGGGCCUAACAAUGCAGACAAAAUGGCACUGACAAAGGCUCGACUUUUCGGACAGGAAGGCUGGAAGCCGGAUGAUGCUUACUUGGGAUCACUUAUCAUGACAUAUGUUGUUUCUGGAACCUUGCCAACAUUGCAGGCCGCACCAAUCUACUUCAUGGUUACUUUCACAAGAAUGAAGAAAAUUUCUUACUUCGUCAUACAAGAUAGUCAAAAGACCCCUUAUGAUUAUUCUCAAAGUUUCUUCCUCAUAUAUAAUGAGACACAAUGGAAACAUUAUGGCUCGACAAGUGCAAGGGUGUUUGAGUGCUUUCAAGUAUUUGGUCAUCCAGUGCAGAGCUGUAGGCACAUUCUAGAACCCUUCCGUGCAUAUUCUAUAAAAGUCAUUGCAAGGGACUAUGAUACUUUACGCAAGCCGAAGUGGAGAUUGGAGUUCGGAGGAUUUGACUAUUUAGAAGCUGAUCAUUAUUGGUCCAUGGAUAAGGUCAUGUUUCGAAAUGGCAAAACGAAAGCUGAAAUUCCAGACGAGCGUGGGAAGCAUGUUCUAGAAACCGACGCCAUACCGUAUUCUUCACCUGUAACAACAAGUCUUAUUUAUCUAGACGAUUGGAGAUCUUUGGUCGCUUUUAAUACCACGCCAACAGCGUUUUAUAAACUUUCAGUUGGCAGCAGUGGAUGUUACCACGACCCAUCAUCUUGUGCCAAAGGGCUGAGCUUCAGUUUCUGGAUGCACAGCUAUCCAAGUUUUGGUACGCUUAUCUCGAUGGGCGACAGUGGAGGUUAUAGAGGUUUUCUUUUCAAAUGGAGAAAUGACGGGGGACUUGUUUUCAGCGUUGGGACUGCGACUCAGUUGUGGCAGGCGGUGUACACUGUUCCAGAGUGCCAGUCAGCAGGAGGUAAUUGCAGCCCAGAUGUGAAAUGGAUGCACAUUUCUGCUGUCUGGGACAAAACCAGUUUGAGAAUGUACAUAGAUGGAAGGCGUGUGGCUACCGACUCUGGAAUUGAAUCAAUACAAAACGCUGCAAACACUCUUCAUUUCAAGAAUCUCUUUUUACUUAGAAAUUUCCGCCUUUGGGACUUUGUUCUGUCUGAUGAGGACAUUAAGGAUGUAUAUAAAGAUAAUAAGAUUGACCUCACAAUAACAGCCAUGGAUGAUUUGGGGGCUUGGAAAACCUCAGCUGGGUGUACGGACACAAAAAACACAGGACCAUGUGAAGAUCAAUCUUUUCAUGCUGAUCCAGGUGAACCCGUUGGGCUGUUGGAGUCAACUGCAUUUUUCGUCGAUUUUUCAACAUACAGUGACUACAGCUGUUUCAGCCAAUAUAGACUUGAUGUGACAGGAGAAGGAAAAAGUGAAUUUCCAUACGAUGUAGCCAUUGUUAUGGGGUUUACUGUUCGGGUUGACAGUGGAUUCAACUACGAUGAUUUAAAGAGCUUCAGGGUACGGUUUUACCCUAAUACUGGAAAUCCCCCCAAACUGAAGGCAAAUAUCUAUGCAGCUUACUCACGAAAUAAUGAUGGGCUGUACCAGUUCAGUUGCCGAUCAAAAAACUUCCGCAGAGAUAUCUAUACAGCGCCUAUAGCCUGGUCAACGGGGCCCUGGGAAGUGGGUAAGACUUACAUGACACCAGAUCUCAAGGAUAUUGUUCAACCGUUCUUUUCAGCAGGAAAAAACGAAAAAGACUGGAACUGGAGACGGUUCUUCUUCAUCAUUUUCGAGUGGAUAACUACACGAGGGAACUCUCUUCGAAUACGAACUUUGCAGCAGCCAAAUUUUAUCAUUCAGUACAUUGAUAGACGACCAGACAAAUAUAUAUAUGCAGAUGCAUCAAAUGCUCCGUAUCCAGGAUAUCCACUGCGGUAUAAAACAAACCCAAUCAUACCAAGGAUGAAAUGCCUCACAUUCUGGUAUCACAUGUAUGGCACUGGGAUCGGCAUACUAUCAGUCAGCAUGCGGCAGCAGAAAUCUGUGCUUAAAGAAAUAUUCAGGCUUUAUGGCGAUCAAGGAAACGUUUGGAAAAAUGCAUCCGUGCCGCUUGUUGGUUUGAGCGAAACGUCUUUUCAGUUUCAGGUAAUAUUCACUGCAAUACGAGGACCAACAACUGCUGGUGAUAUUUCAGUCGACACGAUUAAUUUUCAUGUCAAUUCUUGCAGUCUUAUUCCGGUAUUAGCUAGCCCACCUGAAUACAAUGCAGUUACCUUUGAUGCUGCAAUGAAAGGUCUGAACAUGCCAUUCCCUGUAUUCUUAGUCGCUCUUGACAAUAAUCAUCUUCAGUGCUACGGCUCUCAUUGUAUGCAGCCUACCAGAGCCUCUGAUGCCGAGAAAAAGCCAGCAACAGAUUCGUUUGGUUUUCCAUUGACUGAUAGUUAUUUCAAUGGCACUGUUGUAAAGAUGGUUCCUCGCCAUCCAAUUCAAAACGGCAGCGACUUUACACUGUCUUUUGAAGUGCGUCCAGAGUCUUUAACUGAAAGCACAAUACUGUGGUUUGGAUAUGACAACAUUACUGCUUUGUCAGUCAGUGUGCUCUUUUCGGGAAAUCUUUCUAUCACAUUACAAAAUGAUCUUGGCGUCCUCACAACAUUUAUAUCUCAAAGUCUUAUAAAGAGCAUCAACACAUGGACAUAUGUCGCCUUAGUGUUUUCGCAAAACCAAAGAACCCUUUCGGUAUUUAUGAACAAUACGGCAAAAGAUGAAUUCUACCUUCCCAGCGUUAAGAGUUUGCCUUAUCCAGUUGAUGUCCUAAUUGGAGGAGAGAGCGUUGCACCCGCAAUGAAUCGAUUUAUCGGCUACAUUUCCUGUGUACAGUUCUACGACACAGCGUUAGAGACACACAUCAUUAGCGUGCAUAAGUUAUGUCCAAAUAGACAUGCUGUCGCUGCAUGUGCCGGUGGAUGUGCAGUGGAAGGAGUUUGCGAUCAAAUUACAGGGCGAUGUUUAUGCCCACUGUAUGCAAACAAAUAUGUGCACGAAAACUGCUCAAGUGCACUGGAAUCGACAGUUUACAAUGGAACAUCAGCAUACGCAAGCUUUGAUAACAAGAGACAAGUGCAGGCUGCAUUAGGCCCUAGUUUUUAUCAUCCGAAUAUCCUGGUUGCUGAAAAUGACACAAGGCUGGAGAAUGCUUCAUACUUUUUUACAAAUGGCCCUGCAAAUCUUGCGUUGUGUACAGCUUCUAGCUCGAGGAUCCGUCUUAAAGAGCUUGAAAGUGACUGCAUUGUUCAAAGGACCUGUCCUGGUAGUUUCAGCUUGACAUACUGGGUGCUGAUGCCUUCCUGGCAGAGCAUGCUCACAAAAGAUGAAAUAAUGUUGAUUGAUUUUGGAAUCCUCACAGUAAAGUUCGUUGAAAAUAGAACAGGAAUGAACUCAACUUGGAGAAACGCACAUGCAUUGAUAGCCAAUGUAACAUUGGGUGGGGAAACCUGCCAAUGGAACAUUGGCCAGUACCAAGAGUUCUAUGGGGUUUGGAGUCACCAUGUCAUAUAUGUCGAUGCAACAACAAAUACCGUCUCUGUAUUCUAUAAUGGGAAAUCUGCGUCCGUCGAGAAAAGAGACUGUUUUGCUGCAGCAGCAUCAGCAAGCCCAGCGGAAGUAUAUCUCGGAGGGGGUGCUCCGCACAUAUGCUUUGAUGAAGUGGCAACGUGGAGAGAAAUAUUAUCAAACAAAUCCGCUAAAGUAUUAUUUGAAGCAAUUGCAUUUAGCGGAUAUAACCCGCUGCCACCUAGAGGAAUAAACUUCACUGAAUUAACUUUUAACGACGAGACAGGAUCGUUGUGGGCAGUAGAUGUAAAUAAUGAAGUGUAUUUCUAUCACCCUGAUCAAUACUGGAUGAAAAUUGAAGGGAAAAUGGUGAAGGUAUCUGCUGGAUUGAAUGGUGUUUGGGCGGUAGGUGAGGAUGGUUUUAUCCGAUUCCGGUCCGGUAUAGAUGAUAACAACCCGGCUGGGAGAAAUUGGACGCUGGUGCCACAAUCUUCAUACGGUCUAAAAAAACUGAGAACUAUUUGCAGUGGUUUCAAACCUGGGCUUUCUUUUUUCAUUAAAAGAGGAACAUUUGAGCUGUACUGCAUGAUGGUCACAGCAACUGGUACAAUUAGUAGCUUUGAUUCUAUGGGAAGUAGUGUUGCUGAGAUUGUCUGUGCUAGUUUUGUGUGCUGUGCUCGUAAGAUCAAUGGAAGAACAUAUUGUUUUGGUUUAAAAGCUUUUGUCUGUGGGUCUUUUAAAUAUACGAUGAUUCGGGUCCCUUAUGCAUCGCAGUACAUUGCAACUGACAGUACUGGCCAUUUCUUUCGUAUUGAAAAUGGGACAUUGUACAGCUACCAGCCAAAAAAUGAAGAUUGGACUAUGGUCCAAAAUGUUGAAAGCCUAAAUGCAAAGUUUCUUUUAUCGGUGAAUGGAAGAGCUCUCAUCAUAACAAACUCGGGGGAAUUGAAAAUGAUUGGAACAGGAGAAAGGAUUUUCAAAAUUUUUCAUUCUGGUGGACUUUGUCUCACUUCUUACAAAUCAGCCGAUAGAUAUUUUCUCGAAAAGGAUUGCGACCUUAUGCACUUCUCUAGUGAUGGAUGCAUGCAAAGCCUUUCAAGUGGCAUGUUCCUUGGCUACCUGAGUCCAAGCAAUUAUUAUUUGCAUAAGAGAGCUGAAUGCGAUGAAAGCAUCUAUACAAAGGUGUUUACAAGAAAUCGCUUUUCGACGAUUUCCAUCAAUGGUUUGGUUGUGUCUCCGGAAGCGGCCAGCUCCCAUCCUUCCGUAAGAAGAAACGUAAUGGUGCGCGGCCAAACAAGUGGCAUUAAGAUUGAGAUCUUUGAAUUUAUUUUCAAGCAGGCUUCUCCGUUCAAGAUGAUAAACAGUUUCUACCCAAAAAAGAAAACAGAAGGAACAAUCAAAGGAGAGUUGAUUUAUCAAGUGAAAGUCUCGUUCAUAUUCAGGGAUUUAGAGUUCUAUGACAAUUUUAGAGAUCUCACUGGAAUUGAAGCGAGAUACGCUCACAGGAAAGUUGAAGCUGAGCUGAAGCAGAUUUUUGCCGAAAGCAAUUUUUACAUCAAAGUUGAGCUGGGAGAGAUAAGCUCAGGAGCCAAUAUAGAGAAUAACUGUCCUUUCAAAGACUCAAAAUGCUUCAAAUCCUUGGAAGUGAAAUUUAAUGGACAGUUAUACUUUUCGUAUAUUUCUACCCAUGAAAAAAACAUUCUUACUUCAGAGAAGUUCAAUGGUGAAUAUACUGAUUGUCAAGAUAAUGAAUGCACUUUUCAGUUGGACAAAAACCAACGGGAUCAUCUUAUUAUGCCUGGAACAGUAGAGUUGAUCAAAAUCACUAAGUAUUCAGUUCUUCUAAAAUAUAACCCCCACAAGUUGCACACUGCCCAUUAUGGUUACUGGAUCUCGUAUACCGGCCAGGACCAGCUGGAAAGAAAUAAAGUCUUUCUCCGAAGUUUUUUGCUCCGAGAUGGAUAUGUUUUCAAUGUAUCUUCUCUCCAGCCAAAUGUAAAUUACACCUUCACCGUGACGCCUCUGGAAAUUCAAAGAAAUGGUUCGCAGCCAAUAUCCAUAGUAGCAGCCACGCUAGAAGCGGCUCCGAGUCGUGCUCCCUAUGUUUUUUUACAUUUGUUGGGUAAGACAAGUUGUCACCUCAUUGUAAACACUUUGCCAUUGGCGGCAUGGAAUGGAGUACUGCAAGGCUUCUACAUAUAUUAUGCUCCAAUGGAACGAAUCACUGUCAAGCAAAGAUGGACGUUCAAUGAGAGAGAGGUUUCUGGCUUCAAAAGGAUAACUUUCAAAAUAGCUCGAAGUUUCUACUUUGACAGUAAUAUUUUGCAGACGUUUACGCACAAUGUGUUUUAUGUGGCCGGUUUCACAAAUGCUGGUACAGGACCAUUUGCGAGAGUGGAGUGUCAUACACUAGAAGGAGCGCCUGUUCAGACGCCGAUGAAUUUCAGUAUGGCGUUUAUUAAUUCAACUCAUGUCCAGGCCGACUGGACACCACUUAUGGACGAUUUCCGCAUAUGGAAAACAAACAGAACCGAUACACGCGGAUAUGUUGUUAGAAUGAAUGAAAUAAGCAACCCAAAAAGGCUCAAGACAGAACAGAACAUAAACGUGACAGGACAGAAUCAAUCACAUGUUGUUAUUGGCCCACUGGAACCAAACAGAGAGUACAGCUUUAAAGUAGCUGCUUCAAAUAACGCUGGAAGUAGCGUUGAUUCGAACACAAUAUGUUUGAAAAUGGACGAAGGAGUUCCAAAUGCGGGAAUAAAGACCCUUGAUGGCUACUCAAAUACAUCAUCGACGCUCCAUCUUAUACUUGGUGGAAUGGAUAUAGAAAAUGAAAAUGCAAGAAUCUUAUACUAUAACAUAUCUUAUUCAACAAGUCUUACAACAGAAAUUUCCACCGUGUUCGCCAGUGCCUUUAUGCCAUUUUAUAAUGCAUCGUCCUUAGCCCCCAUCAACGAUACACAAAGUAAUUCCAGAGGUGGGUUUUGUUCAAGCUCUGCACAAUUCUUGUCUUGUCGCAACGAGACUAGUUUUUUGCAGCCAACAGCCAACAUAAUUAACUUCACAGUAACAGGCUUGCAGUACUGGACCUAUUAUACGAUAAGAGCAUCUGCCUGCUCUUGCAAAGGAUGUGGUCCUUAUAACGAUUCUGUAUACAUACGAACUGAUGAACAUAAACCGACUUGUAGCAGUGAACGCAUUUCAUCAAGCUCCAUGGCAUCCACUGCUUUAAAUUUCUCAUGGGCUCCACUAAGAUCAAACUGUACUCAUGGGUACUUUGCUGGAUAUAGACUUUACUUCGCAAAUGCAUCAGCCCUCUCUGAAUUAUUCAACCUCUCUAAUAGCUUCCCAUUGUACAAUGCUACGCUUCAGCAAAGCAAGUUUUUCAUUGAGACGGUGCAAGCCAAAUGGAGUGUUGAAGGCCUAAAAAAGUACACUAACUACUGCAUUGCGAUAUCUGGCAGCACCGUCAAAGGGUUUGGACCAUUAAGCCAUGCUCACUGUGCAACAACACUCCAAGAUCGACCUGAAGGUCCUCCAAUGAAUGUCUCGGUUGAACUCACAUAUGGAAACGAGGUUAAGAUUUCAAUGAGACCUCCAGAGAAAAAACAGAGAAAUGGAAUAAUAAUUGGCUACUAUGUUUACUUCUCUUGGAAAACGAUUGACAACUCCUGGUCUAACGAAUCCGUUACAAAGAUAUCAAGAAAUGACGACAAAGAUGGUUUUACAUCUGCUUCACUUAGAGACCUAGUUUAUUCAACAACAUACAAGUUCGAAGCAAUUGCCUACACCUCUGCUGGGGAGGCAGAAAGACUUGGAAAAUUUUACAGUAUUGUAACUGGAGAAGCACCUCCUUCGGCUGCACCAAGGAAUUUUACGGCAAUAAAUAUAUCUGCCAAUGCUGUUUUAUUACGUUGGAUGCAAGUUGAAGCGAACAGCAUGCAUGGCAAAUUUCGCAGAUUUAAAAUGGCAAUUAACGAAACGCUAGCUACCAUCAUUGCAGGCGUUUUUAGAGAAAUUUAUGUUUAUGCUAACUCUACAGCUCUUUCUGAGACAAUUGCCAGUUACAAUAUCUCCAAUUACCUCAUUGAUGAACUCACAAACGUUGAACAUAAUAAUAUUACAGAGCUGUAUCAUUUAUUAUUGUUUGGUUUGAAAGCGUAUUCUCAGUAUACCAUUAAACUCGCCUCGUGCAAUGACGCCGGCUGUGGUGUUAGUACAGCAGUUCAUCUCAGGACAAGAGAGACUUCUCCUGCCGUAUCCCCAAAGAUUUCGUUUGUUGCAAACUCAACCCUAUCAACAGAGUUAGUUAUCAAAUGGCUUGAAAUUCCAGUUUUGGAAAGAAAUGGUGUUAUCACAGGAUAUGUUCUACGUUUGAUGAAACUUUGUCACUUUCUCAAGCAGCUAAACAAUACAAACACUUCAUUUGACUGCAGCCGUAUUCUGUAUGACAAUUCAACUGAUUUCAAUAUUGAAUUCGUUCCCAGUCAGCUUCUGCAGGCAACAAUUGGAAAUUUAUCCUCCUACACUCACUAUCUAAUCAGAAUUGCAGCUAUGACAUCUGCGGGCACUGGGCCCGAGUCAGAAGUUAUUGUGCUGACUGCAGAAGAUGUUCCAAGUAUAGCGCCUGUGGUUACUGCUGCCUUCAACACCAGUGGAAAGAGCAUCAAGCUUGAAUGGAUCAACAUCCCUCUGCCAUUUCAAAAAGGCAUACUGCUUGGCUACAACGUUCGAUAUAUCAGAACCAAUGCAAGUAGUGACGUCAUCGCUGAUUCCAUCAACUGCACUGAUAUUUCACAGAAUGUGACGCAGUGUGAAGUAACAGGCCUAGACCUCCAUGCUUACUACAACUUUUCAAUAAGAGGAUAUACAAUCGAGGGUUUGGGGGCUACAACGCAGGAUAUCGUUGUCAGAACAGGACCAUAUGCACAUGGUGGCUGGACAGAGUGGCUGAGCUGGUCGUCAUGUUCUAAGAGCUGUGGUGGUGGGUUAAGGACUAGACGAAGAGAAUGCACCAACCCUUCUCCUUGGAACGGGGGAGACGAUUGCAUGGGGCACAAUGGCAGCAGUGAAACGUGCAACACAAGGCUUUGCUCAGGUUUGUUCCUCGCAUCACCAGGAGAAGACUGCUUGAAUCAUUGCCCAAAUAGACGACUUGUUUGCGUGCGUCAAAUCAAUCUUAAAAACUCCCCAGCUAAGUUCGAGCAACUUGGGAAACAGUGCAAAGACAAGACCAGCCAAGCCACGUGGAAGCAGCCUUUCCAUCCUGCGUUCAUUGAAAAUGACAACAUCUGUGCAGGUUUCAAAUAUAUACCAGCUCUCAUUUCAUGCAACGCAACUCCACUUAGUGAUGGGAAAACAAGAAGACUUUGCAACUGUCAGGAUUUAGAUGAUGUUGGAUUUUCUUCUUGGGCAUCUUGGAGUUACUGCUCAAAUUCAUGCGGCGGUGGGAAGCAAACAUCAAGGAGAGACUGCCUUCUUCCACAAGGAGGCUGCAAAGGGGAUAACUGGCAGACACGUGAUUGCAACACUACUCCUUGUCCAGUUAAUGGAAACUGGGGCCAAUGGUUAACUUUCUCUACGUGCAAUAAAACUUGUGGCUACGGCUUCCAACACCGACACCGGAGAUGCGAUAAUCCAGCUCCCUCCAACGGAGGAGAGGACUGCUAUGGGCAAUCUGUUGAAGAAAUGGAAGGCUGUAACCCUCAUUUGUGUCCUACAAAUGGAGGCUGGAGCAGCUGGGAAGGCACGGGUAUUUGUAAUCAAGCAUGCGGAGGAGGUCAAUUGGUGCAGCGUCGCUACUGUGACAAUCCAAGACCUGAGUUUGGCGGUGAAUAUUGUCAGGGAAGCCCAAAUAAAACAGAACCAUGUAACACCCACAAAUGCAAAGGAUUGCAAAUCCUCUUUUGGUUCCGUUUUACAGACUUUGAAUGGAACUUUAGAUAUCACUCUCUGACUAGCCCGAUAUCUACCGAUCUCUCAGCAAAGAUUCAGAAAAACGUGCUUGCAGCUUACAAUUAUGCAUCAUUUGUUUCUGGUAUAAGAGUAUUGAGCUUCAGGAGGGAAUUUCCAAGCAAACGAACUCGGCGAGAGAUAAGCAAAGAGUUUGUAGUUGGAAACAUUGCCGUCUUCUAUUCGCAAGUAGCCCAGCGUGAAGUGCUUUAUUUGCAAGACUACGUCAAAACAAACAAUCGAGUGUUUGGUCUCAAUGUUACUGCCUCUGCAGUUGAUGCUUUGAACGUCCUUCCAAGCCCUCCACAAAACUUGACAGCCACUCCACUGGACCCACAUUCUAUUAAUGUUUGUUGGGAGUCUCUGGUGAAUGUAAGCACCAUCUCCAAUGUCACCACCUAUUUUCUAUUCUACCGCGAGAAAGAUUCAGACGUUGGUGUUUGGGAGGUUCGAGGGAUCCCAAUAGCAGCAAAGUGUUUCAAUAUAACCCACUUGAAGCCUGUAACUUGGUAUAAAGUGCGAAUGACAAUCUCUGUAUCAUAUGGCAACGGACCUGCCUCCAAAGAAUUGCUGGUGCAGACGAUAGAAGGAGCUCCGAGUAUUCCUCCUAAGAAUCUUAAGCUGCGACCCAUCAAACCAACCCAGAUAUACGUAGAGUGGGACCCUAUUCAAACCUACUACUUUCACGGUUAUCCUCGUGGCUACAUCGUCUAUUACAAAAUUUACCAAGAAAGCAGUUAUCACCAGGCAAAAGUAUCUUAUGGAGCAUCUGACGUAAUUUUGAAGGAUCUAAAGCCAUUUCAAAUUUACCUCGUAAUCGUCAGAGCAUACACAUCCGUUGGAGUUGGACCAGGAGUUAGCAACACUACGAAGACCCCUGAAGGCGUUCCCACGGCACCUCCUCCAAACGUUCGAGUGCGGGAGAAGUAUUCCUUGGACAGUAUUACGGUUACCUGGAAUGAAAUUGCUGCGGAAAAGUCAAACGGCCGUUUGAAAGGAUACAAAGUCAAGUACACGAUAACCAAAGUGUCGAAUGUAGAUGUUCUGGUAACUAGCAGUAGUACAAAAGAGAUUAUCCUCGAUAAAUACACGUUUAGGUUGAAAAUCACUGGCCUGACCAGCUAUACAACGUAUGUCGUAUCAGUCUGUGGUUUCACAGAUGCUGGUAAUGGGCCCUAUUCGGAUCCCGUUAUUGCAGAAACUUGCAAAUGUCCAAGUAAAAUCUUUGUUAACUGGCAUGAAAAGAGUCCUUACUUGCUGAAAAGCCCAAGUAGAAAAAUCUCAGGAAUUUUCAAAGAAAUAGCUGAUAAGAUGAUUAGAAAGUCUUGUGGGACCUGCAAUGGUGUUUCACCAAAUGUGAACUAUUACAUAAGUCCCAGUGGAGAAAGCCCAGAGAAGUCCAGUGAAGCUAAAUGUUUAGCCAAACUAGGAUUAGGUUAUCACAUCACCUUUCCUGUAUUUGGGAGAGCAGAAAUUCGGAAUUUUAUGGAUCAUCAUAUAUUUGUGCUGCUUGUACAGUCUGGAGGGAGUGCAAUGAUUGUUAGUGGGGCCAUAGAUUACGCUGCAAAGACGCUGAAUGCAUUGAAAUCAGUUCAAUCGACCUGGCCAAUGGUGCUAAUCUCAAUUCUCAUGUGCAUAGUAUUUGGCAUAUUGCUUUGGUCUGUCGAGCAAUUUCAAAAUGAAGAAUUUGCAAAAGGACGGUACAUAUGUGGCAUGUGUCAAGGUUUAUGGUGGGCAUUUGUUUCCAUGACAACAGUUGGGUAUGGGGACGUAACACCAAGAACAUUUCUUGGAAGACUUAUUGGCAUAAUAUGGACGUUGAUUGGCUUAGUGCUAACUGGAAUACUUACUGGUGCUCUAACAUCAACAAUCACAACUUUAACAAUACCACCAACAGUUACUUUAUACGAUACAAACGCUGCUGUCAUCAACAACUCAUUUGAGCACGGACUAGCGGUUAGAAGAAAUGCAAAAAUUUUACCAAACAUGAAAUAUGAUACUGCUGCAGAGGUGCUCUCUGCUUUGGACAAGAAGCAAGUAGACGCAGCACUUCUGGAUGCCUUUGAAACGGCAAGUCACACCCCAACGAUCAACAGGUUGAAUCUCAAAGUGAAGAAAGUCAUUCCAGGAAAUGCAGGCUUUGGUUUUGUUCUUUCUAAAGAGUUAGUCCGUCUUGAAAGUGACUUCCGGAGUUCUAUUUCUUCAGAGCAAGCCAGAGUAACAGAAUUUGUCGCCAACAUGACCAAGAAACUCGAGCUUUCAAACGAGAAGCCACCGAACAUUCAGCUGUUUGAUCCAAAGACCCCAGCCUUUUGGUUUGUCCUGAAUUUUGAACUGUACUUUCUUGGACUUUUGACUUUUCUUGGCAUUUCAUGGACGGUACUCAGACAGUUGAGAAAACGACGCAAAGUUGCUCCACCAGCUGACUACAUGCGGAUAUUUGCAGACAUUUCAGAAUGCAGCCUUGAAGAACUCAGAGAUUCUUUACACGAGAAGGCUCGUACAUUAACACUUAAGCACCAAAGAGAAAGGCUUGAGUUAAUGGAAUUGAAGAGGAACAUGAAAAGGCACUCUAAAAGAUCUGCGAAAAGUAACCUGUGGUUUUGACAGCAUCGUAGAUAUUUAUUUCACCAACCAUCACGUGGACUAAUUGUUUUAAAACUCUGGUCAAACUUCUAGAUUUUGCUAUACAUCAUCAUACAUACAGUGCUCUUUGGGUCAGUGAAUUCACGGCCAUACGCAGCUUUUAUAGAAACAUUACCUCUAAAUAAUCACAGACUAACAUGCAGACUCAUUUGGAUGUAAGAUUCGCUUGGUUACUCUAAUACAGUUUUUCCUUUCA